UCUCAUUAUUGUACUUUUGUGAAUUAAUAUAAAAAAAUGACCGCGACAGACAACAAGGAGGAUGUUUACGCGGAGUUCGAAAAAUUCGGUAGAUUUCAAUUGUUUCAAUAUAUUUUAAUAUGUAUACCAGUUGUAAUGGUGUCGAUGAUGCAUGUCAACUACAUAUUUGUCGCUGAAAAUGUGAAUCACAGGUGCCUGGUGCCAGAAUGUGAAGGUCCACAGAACCCGAGCGUGGAGAUACCAGAAUGGUGGCCCGAAGGAGUUAAUGCUAGAUGUUUAAAACCGGUUGUAGAUAUGAACAAAUAUGACAGGAUAAACCAAACAUGUUCCAAUAACACGUUUCAAGAAGUACUGGAAGAAUGCCACGAAUGGGUAUACGAAAACAACAAUUCCAUCGUUGCUGAGCUUAAUUUGGGUUGCCAGGCGUGGAAAGCGUCCCUCGUUGGAACCGUGCACAAUGCAGGAAUGAUUUUGUCAAUGAUGGUCACUGGAUGGAUAGCCGACAAAAUUGGAAGAAAACCUACUGUAAUUAUUUGCUCAGUCGGUGGUUUGGUCGGCGUGCUGAAAAUAUUUGUCACAAAUUAUUAUUUAUAUCUUGGCAUUGAAUUUACGGAAUCAGUUCUCGUAUCAGGACUUUAUACUAUUGCUGUCGUUUUAUUGAUAGAAGUUGGAGGAGAUUCAAAACGAGUACUUGGUGGCGUGGUCUUUUCGUACGCGGUUUACGUCGGAGAAGUACUUUUUGCGUUCAUAGCAAUGGGCUUGAAAUAUUGGAAGCUUUUAAUUAUAGUAGUAUAUGCUCCUACUAUACUAUUCGUAUCAUAUUUGAUACUGCUAAGGGAAAGUGUGAGAUGGCAAAUGAUUAGAGGUAAAACAAAUGACGCCAAGAACACUUUGAAAAUCACAGCAAAGAUUAACAAACUAAAAGUUACAACUGAAGAAAUCGACGAAAUUAGCGAAGCAGAUCUUCGUCUCAAGUUCGAUGUCGUAGUACAGAAAGAGAAAGAGAAAAUAAGAGACAUUUUAGCGUCAAAGGAGAUUAUGAUACGUUUAGCUGUUAUCUCUUUCUGCUUUUUCGCUUCAAGUUUUAUGUACUACGGCCUAAUAAUACAUUCAGUUUUGUUACCAGGAAACAAAUACACAAACUUUGUUCUUUCGUCGCUCACAGCAUUCCCAGGGGAUUACUUAGCGUUCGUUAGUUUCAAAAAAUUUGGAAGAAAUAUAUCUCUACAAGUAGCCUUCGUGGCCGCCGCGGUAUUACUCAUUAGUCAAUCUUAUACACCUGACGAUUUGUCCUGGUUAAAGAUUACAUUAUUUUUAUUCGGAAAGUGCGCAGUGGCUUUUUGCUUUACGGGAGUGUAUACAUACAGUCUGGAAUUAUUCCCUACUAGUGUUCGGGGUACUCUCGUUGGGUUUGGCAACACAGCAGCUAGGGUGGGCAGCAUGCUGGCGCCACUUACACCUCUUUUGGGCGGUGAACUCGACUCUCUACCAUCGAUCCUGUUCGCUUCGACCGCUGUAAUAGGUUCCCUUCUACUAACGUUCAUUCCUGAAACGAAAAAUCUACCAAUGUUCGACACGAUAGCUCAAAUAGAGCACCAUAAAUCUAAACUUAUGACACAUUUAUAAGUUAUAAUUAGUCAUAUAUUUACGUAUGUCGAUUGUGCUCAUAAAUAUUUACUUAAGUAUUGAAAUUAAUAGAAAAAGAGCGAAAACAUUACACAAAAGUCGUUUUGUAACGUAACAACUGUCGAUUAUAAAGUAGGACAAAGACAAAACAGCUGUUAUUAGCAUGUGUACAUAUAAAUGCAUUUCAUUUUAAGAGAAAAUGAAAAAAAGUUAAAUAGAGUAUUAUAUGUGCAGCAUUAGAAUUAAUUAUGAUUUAGCAAGUAAGGGACCAAUUUUUUUAUGUAUUUAGAAAAUUGCUACGAUUUACAGGAGUUUCUUUCUGUAUAAUAUUUUCUAUUCUAUGUGGUAAGAUGUCGUUCUAUUGUAUUGUAUUUAUUUAUUGACUAAACAGAGCCAGUGGAAGUUUAAAAAAUAAAAAGAAUGAUAGUUUUUUAUCAUGACUGUUAUGUUA